GCGCCGCGGCGGCGUGCUCGCGCUGCUCGCGGCGGCGGCGCUGCGCUCGGCGAAGCUCGCCGCCCUGGCCGUGGCCGCGGAGCUCUCCUCCGACAUCCGCCGGUUGGCGCGCUGGUUGGCCCGCCGGGGAGAGGACGAACACGGGCGGGCCCAGCUGCUGCUGCAGAGCCAGGCCUGCGGCUCGAAGCGGGCGCAGGGCAGGGGCAAGCCCGAGAAGGCCCGGGUCAGCCCAGCGGCGGCGGAGCUGCGGGAGCGCAUACGGUCCGGGCUGCGGGCCGUGCGCACGUGCGGGGGGGCGGGGCAGGCGCACGAGCAUCAGCAGCGCGGGGCCGACUGCGAGCUGGCCGCGAUAGAGCCGCGCCAGUUCAUGCAGCUCCGCUCCAUGUGGGGGAUGUCCGAGGACGCCUUCUGGGCGAGCCUCUGCGACGAGGAGCUCGAGGGGGGCUCCCUGCAGGCCGCCGGCAAGAGCGGCAGCCUGUUCUGGUAUUCCGCGGACGGGCUCUUCGUCAUCAAGUCCAUCAGCAGGGGCGAGCUCAGGACGCUGCUCGACGGGCUGGACGGCUACGCGCAGCACUUCGCGGCGAAUAGGAACUCUCUGAUCUGCCGCUUCUUCGGCGCAUUCGAUGUGAGGCACGAGCGCCAGCGCUUAACACUGGUGGUCAUGAACAACGUGUUCUGCACGGCACGCUUCAAGCCGCAUUGGAUUUACGAUCUCAAGGGCACCACGGAGGACCGUUGGGUCAAUCCAAGGUCGGGCGUUGUGCUCAAAGACCUGAACUUCGCCGACAAGAUCAUCGGCAUCGCCGACUUCAAGCACAAGGUAGAACUCCUGCACGCGCUGAAGAAGGACACCCGCUUCCUCCGCGGCUGGCGCGUGAUGGACUACUCCGUCGCACUCGGUGUCCACUACUGUGAGGAGGACUGCCGGCCGAAGGCAGAGCAGCUCGUGCCCCAGCUGGGCAUCGCAUCCCCAUUGGCGGUCGUGCGGGGCUUCGAGCCGCACUACCAGUGCACCCUCGUGAGGGACCAGGCGGCGAGGCGGGUGGUGUACCACAUUGGCAUCAUAGACAUCUUGCAAUCCUACGACGUGCGCAAGUGUCUGGCCCACGCUGUGAAGUCCAUGAGCUUGGGCUGGGUGCACGAGAUCGACACUGCGCCCCCUGACUACUACGCGAGGCGUUUCAAAACUUCGUUCCUGGGCAAGGUGCAGACCUUCCGGGAGCCUGGAGACCGUGUUGCCAGGUUCGUCCACCGCUUGCAGACGGGCAUAGACAACGGCACAAUCCCUCGCCCGACGUUUGCGGUGCCCCGGGGACGGGUGGGCCACGCUGAAGAGGCGACCCAGCCAGACACGUCCGAAAACGACAGCCUGGUCGCCUCCGUGCCCCCCCUCCCCAUGGCGAGGCUCUCGCUGGCCGUCGGACUGCCGCAGGGCGGCAGCGAGGAGGUGACGAUGGACGAGUCGGUGGAUUUUGCAGUGAGGUGCGGGGGGCACCUGCAGCUCCUGCGCGGCACGGGGGGGCUAUUCCGCAGCCAACCCGAGGAGGUGGAGGCGUUCUUGGACAUGGACCGCCACGCGCUCGUCUUUCAGGUGAUGUCCAGGGGACUUUUCGGGCAGAAGCGGCCGACCUCCGCAGUGGCGUGCUACAAGAUCCGCCGCGUCUACUUAUCCCUUACCAACCACCGGCCCAGCGACCGUUACUGCAUCGCGUGCAAGACCCCCAUCAAGGUCGAGGCGGAGCCCGUUGAGUCGCGGCGUUUCACGGUCGAGGCCGACGACGCUCCUUUGCGUUGCACAGCGCCCAGCCGGCGCCAGGCGAAGUUAUGGGUCACCGCGCUGGAGGUGGCAGCGGCAUACGCGGAGGCGAACGUCGAGGACGUGGAGGAGGUGACGUCCGCCGCCGUCGCCGCCGCCAGGUCGCAGGGGCAUGCCACCGCGGACGCGCAGCCGCACCUGGCUCUCUCCCCGGCGGCGUCGGCCUUCCUGGGGUCCGCCGAGGGCUACCUGUCCGAGGCCGAGGUCGGGGCCGUGCUGCUGGCGGCAAGGUGCGUCCGCCUGGGCCCGCUGGAGCCCUACCUCACGGGCCCAGAGGCGGAGCGCCGCUGGGAGAAGCGGCGCGUCAAGUGGAUCUUCGGCUUCGUCGACACGGACGGCACGGGCAGCCUGGGGCUGCCAAAGGUCAAAGCGCUGUGGCGGGAGAUGAACAUCAACGACGCGGAGGGCCAGGAGGUGCUCUCCCGGUACAUGCGCGAGGCGCGGGAGGGCCGCCGGGCGCGCGGGGGCAGGCAGAUCGGCGCUGGGCGGGUGGUCCAGCUGGCAGACUUCCGGCGGAUGCUGCGUUACAUCGACUGCGCGCACGGCAAGGUCGUCCUCGGAUUUGUCCACCGCCUCGCCUCGGCAGACGCGCGACACGAGCCCGAGGACUGCGUGCCGAUCGAUGGAAUCGUCAGGCUCUUCGCGGAGGUGCAGCGAGUCGCCCCGGCGCCGUCGGUCAGCCAGGUGAGGCGGCUCCUCGCGAGCAUGCUACCACCCCUGGUCACGAAGAACAAGUGCCUCUCGCCGGUCGGCUUGGCGCACCUCCUGUGCUCCCCAGGCAACUCCCUCAUGGACCCCGCGAAGCGCCCCGUCUUCCAGGACAUGACGCGCCCGCUCGCGGCGUACUUCGUGGAGACGUCCCACAACACCUACCUGGAGGGUAACCAGCUGAGCAGCCGGUCUUCGGUCCUGCGCUACGUGGAGGUCCUGCGAACCGGUUGCCGCAGCGUCGAAGUCGAUGUUUGGGACGGCGCGGACGGGGAGCCUGUGGUGAAGCACGGGUAUGCAGUAACGACGGAGGUUCUGUUCGAGGACGUCAUUCAGGCUAUCGCCGACCACGCCUUCGUGGCGUCGGAGUACCCCGUGAUAAUCUCCGUCGAGCAGCACUGCUCGUCGCUGCAGCGCAUAAGGCAGGGAGACAUCUUGGUGAGGGUGCUAGGGAGCCGCCUGCUGAUGCCGCCCUGGGACGAGGAGAGGGGCAGCAUCGACUUCGACAGGUUCGGCGUGGUGUCACCCUGGGCGGCCAGGGGGCGCUUCCUGGUAAAGUCGGCCCUGGGCUGCUGCGACCGCUGCAAUCGGCCGCUGCCAAGCUACGACCGGUGCGUGGCGCUGCCCACGAAGAAGCUACUCAGCCGCGAGAAGACCGAGAUCCGGCAGCCAGGAGGCCCGGAGCUCGGGCCAGCAGAGUCGCCCAGGGAGUGCUGCGCGGCUGACCCGGACGCGAGGUGGCACUGCCACGUCAGUUCGAUGACGGCCAGCAAGGUGCUCAAGCUCCGCCACUCCGCGGGAGAGGACUCCCUGAGGGCCUGGAACUCGCAGUACCUGCAGCGGGCCUACCCGGAGGGCACGAGGAUCGCCUCUGGCAACGUGGACCCGCUCCCGCUCUGGUCCUGUGGGGUGCAGAUGGUCGCCAUGAACUACCAGACGCCCGACGCCGGCCUCCUCAUGAACGAGGGGCUCUUCCGCAGCUACAACGGCGGCUGCGGCUACGUGCUGAAGCCCCCGGAGCUGGCCGGGGCGGGCCACGGCGCGCGCCCGGGCUGCCGCCGGCGCGGCUCCGUGCUCCGGCUCGUGGUCUGCUGCGGGCACCGCCUGCCGCGGCCGGAGGCGCCGCUGGGCCACGACGAGGCCGGGCUGGCCGCGGCGUGGGGCGCGGCGGUGAGCAGCCCGCUGGUGGUGGUGGGGCUGGAGCCUGGCGGGCAGUCUUCCCAGACGCCCGCGGUGGCCUGCGACGGGUACCGCCCCGUCUUCAACCACGAGGUCGGCUUCCACGUGUCCGACAGCCCGCUCCACAUCCUCACGUUCGAGGUGCGCGACGCGCCCACUGGCAGGCCGAUGGCGAGGCGGGCCGUGGCGCUGGACGCCGUCCGCGAGGGGUUCCGGUGGCUGCCCCUCCACAGCAGGUCGGGCACGACCAUCCCGCACAGUGGGCUCCUGGUGUUCGUGCAGUUCGUGGCGGAGUGA